AUGGAGCGCGGGGCGCGGCGGGCGCUGCCCUGGCUGCUGGCGGCCGCGUGCGGCCUGGCCGUGCUCGGCUUCUGCCUCUACUUCGACGCCAAGCGGCGGAGCGCGCCCGACUUCCCGCGGAGGCUGAGGGAAAAAAGAAGAAAAGAACGUGAAAAGGCAAAAGAACGUGAAGCAGAGUUACGUGAACUGAAAGAUACGGCUAAGGUACAAGAGUUCUUUCUGCAAGAGAUACAGCUGGGGGAACUCUGGUUGGCACGAGGAGAGCACAAGAAGAGCAUCGGACACCUUGCCAAUGCUGUGGCCGUGUGCACACAUCCAAACCAGCUCAUGCAAGUCUUCGAGCAGACGCUGCCUCCCCAGGUGUUUGAGAUGCUUGUGCGCAGCAUUCCGUAUGCGAUGCAACGGCUUGAGACAGCCCUGAACGAGCAGGAUGCUAGAGAUGAAUGAGAAUGCAGCAUCACCCCAAAGGCAACUCUUAAGGCAGGACCUUAUAAAACCCACUUCAAAAGACUCUCUGUACAAACAGUAAUUUCCAUUUAUUUUAGUUUGAUUAAAUAAAAAAUAA